UUUUCCUUCGAUCUAUCCAUUUCAUUUGUCAUCUAGCAAGCGAUUGAUUAUAGAAAUUUAUUGUUUUUUACAUCCUUUUUUUUCGCACUUCUGAAAUGAUUUUAGGGUUUCGACGAUGACUAAAUUAGAAUAAUUCUUUUGAUUACUUGUGCAGAAUAGUUCUUUCAAUGAAGCGCGCGUCAUUGCUUUCAUAAUUGUAUCGGUUUCUGUUUGUUAACAUUUUGCGUUUGACCUAAUUUCCUGCGUUUGUGUUGAAAUUGGAAAUUUUCGCGUAUCUCACUUGGUGGAUGUAUGGUUUGGGCCUGAAAUUUCAAUGCCGAUUGGUAGAAUCCUCGAAUGUGUUGUGUUUUGAUCAGGAUGACGUUGGAUUUGGUCUAGAAUUUUAUUCUUGUUGCUACCCAAAUCUGCCUUUCAACUUACUGGAUUGUCCUCUGUUUUCAUUUUUCUCCCCUCAAUAUUCCUGGUUCUCACCAGUACUGCUUGCUUGUUUAGCACAGUAUUCUCCAUCAUAGACUUGGAUUUCUAACAAUGGUCCUCUUAAAUAUUUCUGUAUCAAGAUGUGUCAGUGUAUCAACCUGUUUGUAGUUUAAAAUUAAUGCUCUUUAUUCAGAAACUUUAGCGAUUUUCUGAUGUCAUACCGAAGGUGGAAAACUUCUCCAUUAAUGGGUGGUGCUGCUGAAUCUGGUCCUGUGACUCCUCCUGAACCAAAUUACUCUGAUCAGGCUGAAAUGGGUGCAGAGGAUGAAGAUUUUGAAGAAGAAUACCGUCCGAUUACUUUUGAUGUAGAUUCCAGGGAUGAUGGAAAUGAAAUAACAGAAACAGAUGAUGAAGAGAAUGUAGAUGAUAUUGGAACAUAUGAUGGAGAAGAUGUUUUAAAGGAUGUAGAGUACACAGCUGCUCAUAGGAUAAAUGAAAACACAAUAGCAAAAGAAGGCGAUGGAGAGUAUGUAGGUUACUAUGAAAUAGAUGACAGAGGAAAUACUUUGAAGGAAGUAAUUAAUGGUGAGUACAUAGCUGAAAUGGCAACAGGUGAUGGAGAAGAUAUUCUAAAGGAAGAAGGCAAGUUAGCAUGUAUAAUUGGGGAACCUGAACAUGAACAAAGUACAGAAAACAAUGUAGAGGAUGCUGAAGGUAAUGAUGAAGCUAAUCAUGAGGAUGAGCUAAAGGAAGAACACCUUGCAAACGAGGAAAAUGAAGGAGAGGCUUUAUGUAUGGUGUUACCUGAGCAAGUGGAAAACAAUGAACACAGUACUGAAGAAAACAAUAAAGAGAAAGUAGAAAAAAGCUCUAUGCAAAGGUGUAUUAAGUCAAGAAAAAGAAAAAGAGGGAAGGGUUGGGUGAAAAGCUCCUUGAAAAAAUUUUCCUCUGAAGGUAAAAAGAAGAAGAAAGUGCCCUCUAAUGUUGAGGAGGAUGCAGAAAAUGAAGGAGAUGCUCUAUGUGAGGAUGGUACUAGAGAAGUUGUAAUGGAACAAGAUAAUGGUGAAGAAAAUACUGAAGAAGACAAUAAAAAGAAGUUAGAAGAAAGUUUGAAGCAGAAGCUAACUAAGUAUAGGAAAAGAAAAAGGGGGAAGAAAAAGAAACUGGAAAAAAGUGUAUUGGAAAAAGUGGCCUCUGAAGGUGGAGAGGAGAUGUGCAGAGAGGAAAUGACUUCUAAUGGUGAUGAUAAGGAGUCUCUGAAGGUUGCGUUGAAAGGUCAAGAUGGCCAGGGCUUGAAGAAAGGAGUCUCUAAAGGUGAAGCAUUAUUAGGCUCCAAGAAUGUAGCUCCACAAGGAAAAGAUGUGCCAGAGUCAUCCCACAGGAAGAGGUCUUCAAAGAAGGUUGAGAGUGCAGGGUUGAUAUUUAUGUGCAACUCGGAAACAAAGAAGGAUUGUUAUCGCUACAAUAUUCUAGGUUUGCCUGCAAACAAGAGAGAAAUAGUGGAAAAUGUUUAUAAGGGAAUGAGACUAUUUUUGUAUGAUGUUGAUUUGAAACUGAUGUAUGGGAUAUAUAAAGCUACUGGACCGGGUGGUUAUAACAUUGAACCCAAGGCUUUCAAGUCUCAGUUUCCAUCUCAGGUCCGAUUUAUGAUUGUGGAUGAUUGCAAGCCAUUGGCUGAGGAGAUCUUUAAGAAGGCAAUAAAAAAGAACUAUUACACACGGAUGAAGUUUAAUUGCCAAUUGACCUCUGAACAGGUCAAGGACUUGUGCAAACUUUUCACAGCUGAUAGUCGAAGCUCCACAUCCAAAAAGUUGAGGGGACGUCUCAAAAAAGAGAGCAAGAGAGUGGUCGAGCGAGAUAGGGGAGAGAGCAAGAGCGUUGUCGAGCGAGAUAGGAGAGAGAGCAAGAGAGUUGUCGAGCGAGAUAGGAGAGUGAGCAAGAGAGUUGUCGAGCGAGAUAGGACUGGGAAACGGGAGGUUAUUGACAAAGCUAGACGUCUCAAACCAGAGAGAAAAAGAGGCUUGAAGCAAGAUAGGACCAGAAAAUAUGGUGUUGACAGAGACAGGAGACGAUCUCCAGUGAGGGAUCACAGGUACCAUGAGUAUUCUCGACACUAUGAAAAGGAUAUGGUUGCACCUGCAAUGGAUCACCUUCAACCUUUACCACCUGCUCCAGUGGCUCAAGGGUCUCACCUUCUAACUUUACGACCACUUGCUUCUGCACAACCAUAUGUCUAUGAAAGGCCAUUGGAAACUGAUGUUUACAGAAGAGGGCCCCUACUAGUGCGAGAUGAUCCUUAUAGACGUGACAUGCUACAAGAGCCUGAGGAUGCUUAUAAGCAGGAUAUAUUGAUAGAUCGUCGUCAUUAUUACAGACAAGAGCCCAACCCAGAGCGUCAUUAUUCUUACGAGAUCACAAACUAUGAUCCCCAUGUUUCAUACCCAGGACGCGGUGAAGCUGUGUACCGAAGUAUUCCCUCAGCAGGUUUGCCAGUUGAAUACUAUUCCGUAGAACAAUCAACUGCCCACCGUUCUGCAGGAGUCUCAAUUCCAGAGUACCAUGCUAUUUCAAGAUCACUGCCUGAAUACCAUUCUGUUGGCUUGCGGCCUGAGUAUCAAUCUUCUGCUGGCAUACGCAGAUACCCCUAUUAACAUUUUCUUAAUCACUGUAUUUUUUAUUCAUUUACCUUCCAACUGAAUCUACAUAAUGGUUUCAUUCUCUGGGUAUUGGAACAAAAUGAACAAUGCUGUUUUGAAUGGGCCUCUUUCUUGUAUUAUUUAUUAAUAACCUUUUUAUUUUUUUA